AUGGCGCCCUUUGAGGGCCGUCACUUGAAGUUUAUCAUCCCCGUUGCCACCAGCCUGGACAGCUUCCGCUUUCGCAUGAGCCUGAACACUGUGUCUACGCUUACCACAGCGUCACUGCCCGUGACCACCAACUCUUUGACGCGUGGUAAGGCACAGUCGAGUGUGGGCCUGUCCAGUCAGUCGUUGGACACCCCUGCGGGCUGUGUGGGUGGCAUAUACGCCGGUAACAAGUUCGUUGCGAGUAUGGAGGUACUGAACACGGCCCAGUACUCGAGUUCGAAGACCGUUGUGUACCUUGAGUUGGAGGCUAGUUCGCCCUAUACGUUGCCCAAUGGAGCGCCGCAAAUCACACUGCAGAAGGCAGACGGUGCCUUCUCGGGCAGUUUUUGCACAGACGCCGAUGGCAAGCAACUCAACUGGGUGUGUGCUGUACCUUCGGGUGGAUUUGUAUCUGGGAACUCAAAGGAUAAGGCCAUUGUCUCGCUCAAUGGAAAGGUAGAUGCCGCCGCAUCGGGGAUUAUGGAUGAGUUUGUGCGGUUUAUCAUUCGCGUGGGCACCUCAACGUCUCAGAAACCAGGCGCCAUUCUACCUGUAGAACAGGAAAUAGAAUUCCCGCUGUGUGUCCAGUCGAACUUCCAGCAAACGUUCAAAAUUGAGGAGAAAACCACUCCGCGAAGCAUGCCAGACAACUCGAUGAUCUACCCCCACGCAAACCUUGCACUGUACCGUACACUGCUGCUGAUCAACACCGGACCUUCGCACAAGGCGACAGACUUCUACACAAACAUUGCCAUUGACACAGACAACGAGUCAUGGGGAGACACACUUCCCGCGGGCUGUGUGCAGCAGAGUGAGAGCAUUGUGCACUGUACCACAGGCCCAAUGAAGGCCAACGAUCCAUCCGAUUUUGCGUACUGGCGAUUGCCCACAGUGCUGAAGCAUGCCAACGUCAUCACCAGCAAAGUAGCCACCACCACAGCACAGGCCACACCAGAGGGAGGCACCACAUCGUUCGCCAGUUUCGGCAUCUACUACGGCGUGGAUAUCAGCCUCAGUGCCAAUGGCAUCACGGACAUUCCCCUUGGAUCCAAGGCAACCUUCAUUCUCGCAACAACCAACCGCCACCCGUCCACAGACGCCACUGACCUCAACAUCACGUGGGCAUUCCCAGCCAAUCUGGAGCUUCAAUACGACGAGCUUGCCUUUUCCGGAUACACCGUCAACCCCGUGUGCGAGACGUUCAUGUCCAACGAUACCAAUAGUGACAACCUCAUUCCUAUGCUGACGUGUAUAGGCACACAGCCAGCUGGGUCGAGUACACGCGUACGUAUCCCAGCCACGGCUAAGAACGCCAAUGCAGAGACUGAUGUUGCGGCUGUUGGACUAGUGGCCACUGCUAGAGUUCUGUCCAUGAAUGAGCCCGACACCCCCGCCGACCGCCUCACACGUGCGAAGAGUGUGACGUGGAACUUUGCCACCACUUCAUUUGCGAAUGUGGAGGUGACACUCAUCCCUGACUACAGUGUCGUAGACCCAGACACGGGUGUGCACAUGUUCGCACUAGAUCAGACUGUGCAGAUGCAGGCCACCAUUCGUGAUAUUGGUUCGUUGGCCACCACCGGGCUGGUUGCAACUCUCGAGUGGGACGACAACAUGCGAUUGCGCUCUAAUACGAAACGAAAAUGUGCUACUGGUGCGGUCACUACAAACACCACGUGGACGUGUGACUACAGGUCUAUUGAUCAAACCGACCGCUUCCUGGAGAACUCAUUCACCUUUGAUUAUUUCGUGGAUCCGGCUGUGAACGAUACGUUUGAGGUCUACUGGCGUGUGCAAAGCGAUAACGAUCGAAUUCCAAUAAAUGAUGGCGCGAGCAUUGACGGUCAAAUUUCCGAGCCCGUUGUGGAUCUAAAGGUGUCAGCGCAGAUCAAUCCAAAGACUCUGCUGCCCAACCAGCCCUUCACCAUGACCAUCCUAUGCCAAAACCAAGGCCCUUCCGCGGCCGCCAACGUGACGCUAGAGACGUCUAAUUGGCCAUCUCUGUGGAUGGACAUGAUUCAGAUACCCGAAGAUUGCACGGUGGUGAACUCGCAGAUAGAGUGCGAUAUGCCUAUUCUGGUGCGAGGUGGUGCGUCUGUCAGCUACACGUUCAACGGCACGAGUAAGCCAGAAAUUGCCAACGAGCUCAACGACUUUGUGGAGAGAACCGUUUGGAAGUUGAAUGAGGGCACUAUUGCCAGCAAUGGAGACUUCAAGAAUAGGGCUCUCUACUUCAUAUAUACUAACUUCCAACCGAAAGAGACCGAGGUGCCCAACAACUCAAAGACAACCAAUACCAUUGCGGCUGUGGCAGGUGCCACCGCUAUAUACCUGGCUGCAAGUGGUAUCUUCAUGCUUUACCAUGCUCACUUCUUUGCACGGCACCCUCCACCGGAGACCUUCGUUGAGCCUGAUGUAGGCGAGCUCUAGAUGCCUACCGAGGAGAAUUCGAUGCAAAAUUAUUUUUCAAUUUUUCGCUGGAGUAUAGACAUAAGAUGUCCAGGACAUUUGCUGAUAACUCUGCUGGAAGCAAUUGUAAUGUAGUAGGAUACAGAUUUGUUUUGCAGGAUAUUUUCAGUGUCAUGUCGCAAUUGGGUAUACGAACUUCAACCUAGUAGAUACGCAAGUACAGAUCUGGCUGCACUGAGACUAAAGUCCGAACUACCCCUAGUGUAUGAAAGGAUAUGAUGUAGUCGCUACUGGAACACAAGAGACUCAGUUA